CAAUGCACUCGACUGCUGAAGCAAGACAGGCGUGGCUAACUCAUGCUCCAGUUCGGGCUGGGACUGUCUCGGCGAUGCCGCACAAUUUGGCAUUAUUCUGGUUAUUGUCGUGUUUGCGCUGACGAUGGGAUACAUGUACUGGCGACUCAAGUUCAAGCCCAACCGUGCCAAUCGCAGCGAUGCUGAAACCACGGUUGGCGGCUACUGGAAAGUGACAAGACGAGAUCCCAACAGAGUUUCAAUCACCAUCUACCGCGGCCAAAGGCCACCGAACGGACCGGAAGCUAGUCGGUCAGAUAUUCAGUCACCAAAAGUCAGAAAGGAGGGGAACAAGCCGACACAAGGCGAGGAUAACAGCACCAACAAAAUACCUGGGCAGCUAGAAUCGGCCAGCGCCCCAGAUAUUCAUUUGGUGCCGCCGCCGCCGCCUCCUCCUCCAAUCAUUUGGACUACACCCGCGCCUUCAUCGUUCCCUCUUCAGCCGCAGCUCGGUUGUCCCAAUGUUCUUCUGCAGCCGGGUCUGCCCCAUGAUCCUCCCCCUUCAGGGCACAUUGGUGUUGAUACCACAGGUUAUUCUUGGGUACCGAACGCGCCGCUGCCGCCGCAGUCAUACGCCGGAUGCUCCGCACCACAACACGUCCCGGGGCAAAGCCAACUAACUCAGCACCCCAGCUUGCCGGGAGCGGCGGCUCCACGGCCCGUGAGUGCACCACCUCCGCCAACCACAUCCUCGGCACCCUUGAGAGAUGCUACCGGAAUCAAGCCCAUGACCUCUCCGGCUGCUGAACCACGAAGUCAAUGGCGACGAUGGUUCUCGCUUGGAGAUCGAUCUCCCAUACACGGCCAUGCCAGAACUCUGUCCGAUUGGUCGUCAACGACCGGUCCGUCGAGAUCACCCUCUCCUCCCGCGCCUUCGGUUUCACCGCGGAAACGCGAGCAUGGAGACGGCAAUUCAAGGCGCGCGCGCCCGAGAACGUCGCAUCCCCCGGCACGGGACGACCAGGCCUGCUAUCGUUCGCAGAGCCUCCGCAAGAACACAGGGAUGAACCACCGUCGUCGCGAGUCGCUAUCUCCAUCCGAGCUCAGCUACGCCUCCAGCUACAUCAACACGAGCGUGGAAGCCGUCUUUGACAAUCAGCGGCCCUUCGGAAAAGGCCACCGUAAUCACAGCGGCGCAGCAACGUCUGAUUCGGAGAGCCGCCGCCAUCAUCCCUGCAAAGCCCGAGGCACCCGCGUCUGGCCUUCAGACUCCACACCUCUCUCCGACCUGCUUAAUCGACGGGCCUCAUCGCGCUCCGGUCCCAGACGGCGCCCUCCUAGCUCGGACAUUCAGUACCCGAGCCCUGAACGCCGCCGACCGCGCGUGUCCUUCACGCUUGCCAGCGGCUCCGAUGAUGUGAGAGGCUCUUCGACCUCGCGUCGCUCCGAGCCUUCACGGAUCCGCUCUCCCAGCUCUCGACUUCACCAGUCUCGAGGCACCAGUCGCGGCGAUAGGGGUGGGCAGCGAGGCGUUCAUAUCCGGCACCGGAGGGAGCAGUCCGCCGGACUUACUGGCCGAGUCACGGGGGCGUUUGACCAGAUGCGGCGGAUUUUGCGUGGAGGGGACUGAUCGUG